CAGGACAUGAACCAGCAUCCAGAUGGGAUGCCAGCAUUGCAGACAGCCACUUAACGUGCUGUGCCUUAGCACCUGUCCCAUGAGCCAUGCCUGAGCAUGCAGUGUGCAUGUGUAGCCAGUGCCACUGCUGUCUUCAGAACUUUCUGUCUUGGUGGGGGAUUGCUGGACAGUACCCGGUCCUCUUUCCCCAGCCCCCUACGUGUUUCUCUCCAUACACUUGAUCCCACCCUGGUGACUUACGUGGGAGUCCUAUGGCGUCUGGCGUGGCGGGCACAGUUGAGCCCUACAGACAUGGCCCCUUAGGUGGUGUCUACUGGGUACAGAGCUGCCCUGGUCCUGAGAGGGAUUCUGGCCUUCCUGAGCUCCCUCCAGCAGGAACUCUCUUCUCCUCUACAGACCGCAGUGUCCUGGAGUCCAUGGUUGUGGCCAAGGCGUGCAGCUCCAGCCCCCCUCGCUGCCAGUGACGCAGCCCCCACCACUGGCCCAGCUCCCUGCUCAGCCCGUGUCCGUCUGCAAGGGAUGUACCACUGCUUGGGGGCUUCCCCCGUCUGUCCUUAGCGGAGCCUGUCGCUGCCCUCGUGCUGUCAGCCUGGGACUGUGGCUUCCCUCCAGUAAUGGAUUGUUCCCAGAUGUGAAGGUUGCUCCAGACACUGCUGAAGCCAGAGCGAUCACCAGUGGCUUGAGGACCAUUGUCUACUCCAGUGGCCACCCUUCCAGAGAGAACCCGGCCUCCUGCCCUCCUGUCCAGGGCACAAGGCUGCCAGGCCUUCCCGCCUCAGCUGGUUUGUGGGUGACUUAUUCUGUGUGUGGCCACGUGGCUGGAUUAGGUGUUAAGGAGUACACCCCAGGCCCUGCUCCUGCCCACACUCCUGGGCCUCCGUGAGCUACCCCCAGCCCCACCAUGACGGCAGAGACACUCAACUUUGGGCCCGAGUGGCUGAGGGCCCUGUCCAGUGGUGGCAGUGUGGCUUCCCCACCCGCCUCCCCCGCCAUGCCCAAGUACAAGCUGGCUGACUACCGCUAUGGGCGUGAGGAGAUGCUAGCCCUCUACAUCAAGGAGAAUAAGGUCCCCGAGGAGCUGCAGGACAAGGAGUUCGCUGCCGUGCUGCAGGAAGAGCCGCUGCAGCCCCUGGCCCUGGAGCCUCUGACUGAGGAGGAGCAGAGAAACUUCUCCCUGUCAGUGAACAGCGUGGCUGUGCUGAGGCUGAUGGGGAAAGGGGCCAGCCCAGCGCCAACCAGCACCUCCCGCGGCAGGGGCAGCACGCGCAGUCGAGGCCGGGGCCGAGGUGACGGCUGCUUUUACCAAAGAAGCAUCGAAGAAGGGGAUGGGGCCUUCGGGCGAAACCCCCGGGAGAUCCAGCGCAGCCAGAGCUGGGAUGACAGAGGCGAGAGGCGGUUUGAGAAGUCAGCCAGGAGGGAUGGAGCACGGUCCGGGUACGAGGAGUGCGGCACUGGCCCGCGGAAGGAGCACGCUCGCUCAGACAGCGAGAACUGGCGCUCACUGCGCGAGGAGCAGGAGGAGGAGGAAGAGGGCAGCUGGAGGCUCGGGGCAGGACCCCGGCGGGACAGCGACCGCUGGCGCUCCAGCAGUCCCGAUGGUGGCCCGCGCUCUGCUGGCUGGCGGGAACAUGGCGAGCGGAGGCGCAAGUUUGAGUUUGAACUGCGAGGCGGGGACCGAGGGGGCUGUGGUGAAGAGGAGGGGCGGGCUGGAGGAGGUGGCAUCCACCUGCGACGGGGCCGUGGGCCUGAGGGCUUUGAGGAGGACAAGGAUGGGCUCCCAGAGUGGUGCCUGGAUGACGAAGAGGAGGAAAUGGGCACCUUCGACGCUUCUGGAGCUUUCCUGCCCCUCAAGAAGGGCCCCAAGGAGCCCAUCCCUGAGGAGCAGGAGCUGGCCUUCCAGGGGCUGGAGGAGGGUGAGGAGGAACCAUCAGAGGGGCCCGAAGACCCAGAGCCUGAGGCAGGCGGGAAGGAGCUGACCCCACGGCCUCUGCCCGAGAAGGUCAGCUCCCCGUCCGCCUUGACCCCCUUGGGCCCACUCUGGGGAACAGAUGGAGAUGGGGAAGGUGCUGUGGAGAAAGAGCCUGUGGCAGCUGAAGGAGAUGACAUGAGGGGUAUCCAGCUAAGUCCUGGGGGGACCUCGCCCCCGGACCUGCCAGGAGAUCUGGAGGAUGAAGAAGGCUUGAAGCACCUGCAACAGGAGGCAGAGAAGCUGGUGGCCUCUCUGCAGGACAGCUCCCUAGAAGAGGAGCAGUUCACAGUGGCCAUGCAAGCCCAGGGUCUGCGCCAUUCCGCUGCUGCCACCGCCCUCCCCCUCAGUCAUGGCGCCGCCCGCAAGUGGUUCUACAAGGACCCACAGGGGGAGAUCCAAGGCCCCUUCACGACCCAAGAGAUGGCAGAGUGGUUCCAGGCCGGGUAUUUCUCCAUGUCUCUGCUGGUGAAGCGGGGCUGCGACGAGGGCUUCCAGCCACUGGGGGAAGUAAUCAAGAUGUGGGGGCGUGUGCCCUUUGCCCCGGGGCCCUCGCCACCCCCUCUCCUGGUGAGCAGCGAUGUCCACAGAGCAGGCGGGCAGGACAGCCAAGCCCGACCCCCUGCCCCCGCGUGCGCUUGGCACGCUCUCGCUUUCAUGCAGGGCAACAUGGACCAGGAGCGCCUGAAGAAGCAGCAGGAGCUAGCGGCAGCCGCCUUGUACCAGCAGCUGCAGCACCAGCAGUUUCUGCAGCUGGUGGGCAGCCGCCAGCUCCCGCAGUGUGCGCUCCGGGAAAAGGCAGCUAUGGGCGACCUGACGCCACCGCCACAGCAGCAGCUUAACACGUUUCUGCAGCAACUCCAGGCUCUCAAACCUGCCAGAGGUGGGGACCAGAACCUGCUCCCGACCAUGAGCCGGUCCUUGUCGGUGCCGGAUUCAGGCCCCCUCUGGGACGUACAUACCUCAGCCUCAUCACAGUCAGGUGGUGAGGCCAGUCUUUGGGACGUACCAAUUAACUCUUCGACUCAGGGUCCAAUUCUAGAACAACUCCAGCUGCAGCACAAAUUCCAGGAGCGCAGAGAAGUGGAGCUCAGGGCCAAGCGGGAGGAAGAGGAGCGGAAGCGGCGUGAGGAGAAGCGCCGCCAGCAGCAACAGCAGGAGGAGCAGAAGCGGCGGCAAGAAGAGGAGGAGCUAUACCGGCGCAAGCAUGUGCGGCAACAGGAACUGCUGUUGAAGCUGCUGCAGCAGCAGCAGGCAGUGGCCGCUGCGGCUGCAGCCCCUGCGCCUGGCUCCCCACCCACACUCUGGGCUGGCCUGGCCAAGCAGGGGCUGUCCAUGAAGACGCUGCUGGAGCUACAGUUGGAGGGUGAACGGCAGCUGCACAAGCCACCCCCGGCCCGGGAGCCAGCGCGGGCCUCGGCCCCCAACCACCGUGCGCAGCUUGGGGGCCUGGGCUCUGCCCCCCUGAACCAGUGGGUGUCUGAGGCUGGGCCACUGUGGGGCGGGCCCGACAAGAGCGGGGGCGGCGGCAGCGGCAGUGGCAGUGGCCUGGGGCUCUGGGAGGAUGGCCUCAAAAGCAGCGGCAGCCUGGCCCGCAGCCUGGGCCUCAAGAACAGUCGGAGCAGCCCAUCCCUCAGUGACUCGUACAGUCACCUGUCUGGCCGACCUGUUCGCAAAAAGACAGAAGAGGAGGAGAAGCUGCUGAAGCUGCUGCAGGGCAUCCCCCGGCCACAGGACGGCUUCACCCAGUGGUGUGAGCAGAUGCUGCACACACUGAGCACCACGGGCAGCCUGGAUGUGCCCAUGGCCGUGGCGAUCCUCAAGGAGGUGGAAUCCCCCUACGAUGUGCAUGAUUAUAUCCGUUCCUGCCUGGGGGACACGCUGGAAGCCAAAGAAUUUGCCAAACAAUUCCUGGAGCGGAGGGCCAAGCAGAAGGUCAGCCAGCAGCGGCAACAGCAGCAGCAGGAGGCCUGGCUGAGCAGCACCUCCCUGCACACGGCCUUCCAGGCCAACCACAGCACCAAACUCUGCCCCGGGGAGGGCAGCAAGGCCAAGAGGCGGGCGCUGAUGCUGCACUCGGACCCCAGCAUCUUGGGGUAUUCCCUGCACGGUUCUUCCGGUGAGAUCGAGAGUGUGGAUGACUACUGAGCAGCCCGUCCUACCAGUCCCCAGGCUGUCGGCCAAGGGCUGCAGGAGCAGCUUGGACCCCAGGGUCCCCAGCCUGCAGGCUCCACACAGGAGCCGAGGAGGAAGCAGGGGCAGGGUCCCCAGCACUUGUUACAAACCACACGA